UUGAGGAGCUGGAAAACCCGUGGACAAGCGGCUGACUGCCUGAAGUUGUCCUUGAGGAAUGUAAGAGAGAGGGGAAAAUGAACGUCCAGACACCACGCUGGUAAAGAAACAACUACAGCGAAACCAGCUUAAAUAGGUUUAAUAUUUUGUCAGAUCUGGAGGCUUGGAGUAAUCUAAAUGAACUCUGUGAACGGCCGUGGAAAUAGAAAUGGAGUGGGAACGGGACAAGAAUCUUCCAAAAUGAUCAGACUUUCCCCUCAGUCCCUGAAUGACUCUCUUGAUGAAGACGUUCGGUUGUUCCUCACAGAUGAGGACCAUCUUCAUACUUAUGAUGACCUCACCAAAGUAAACCCAGUGACACCUUCAACAGUGCUGAAAUGCCUGCAGGCCAGGUACACUGCAAAAGUGUUUUACACUCAUGCAGGCUGCACAUUGGUGGCUUUGAACCCUUUCCAGCCCAUCCCAUACUUGUACUCUUUGGAUGUGAUGAGAGAGUAUCAUUGCACUCCUCAGCCUCAGGAAUCCAAACCGCACAUCUUUAUUGUGGCUGAAGAAGCCUACAGGAAUGUGAAGGGUCAGCUGGAGCCUGUGAACCAGUCGCUGGUGGUCAGUGGUGAGAGUGGUGCUGGAAAGACAUGGACCUCUCGAUGUCUCAUGAAAUAUUAUGCCACUGUGGCUGCAUCUUCAUCUGUUGCAAAGAGCCAGAACACAGUUGAAAGGAUUGAGAGAAGAGUGUUGGAUUCCAACCCAAUCAUGGAAGCUUUUGGAAAUGCUUGCACACUACGAAACAACAAUAGCAGUCGCUUUGGGAAGUACAUCCAGCUUCAGCUGGACAGGUGUCACCUGUUAGUGGGAGGGUCUGUGCAAACAUAUCUGCUGGAGAAGACCAGAGUGGCCUUUCAACCGAAUGGUGAAAGAAACUUUCAUAUUUUUUACCAGAUGACAAAAAAAGCAACCAGUGAGCAAAGGAAAGAGUGGAAAAUGCACAAUGGUCAAGUUUUUGCCUGGCUUCCAAAUGCAGAUAAAACUUUAGAGGAGGAUUGUUUUGAGGAGACACUUGAGGCCAUGGGGCAUCUGGGCAUUAGCACUGAACAACAAAGGGACAUUUUUAGGAUAUUAGCAGGGAUUUUGCACCUGGGAAAUGUAAAGUUUUCCUCUCCUUCAGAUGACUCACAAUCAUGUGACCUUGAGGAACAGUCUAAAGACUACUUCCAAAAUGCGGCUGAGCUUUUGGGUGUCACUGCAGCUGAGCUAGAGACCUGUUUGAAAGUAAGAACACUAAAGGCGGGGAGGCAAAGUGUACUAAAGCCGUGCUCCCUGACUGAGUGCACUGUCAGGAGAGACUGCCUGGCUAAAGUCAUCUACGCCGAGUUAUUUGAAUGGCUGGUUACAUUCAUCAAUAACAGCAUGUGUACAAGCAGUUCUAUCUGGUCCAAUUUCAUUGGGGUCCUCGAUGUGUAUGGCUUUGAAUGUUUCCAAAUGAAUAAUCUGGAACAGCUUUGCAUCAACUAUGCCAAUGAGAAAUUGCAACAGCACUUUGUCAGCCAUUACCUCAAAGCUCAACAGGAAGAGUAUGUAUCGGAGGGACUGGAGUGGUCUUUUGUUAAAUACCAGGACAACCAGGGCUGUCUCGAUCUCAUUGAAGGUUCACCACUGAGUGUAUUUUCUCUGCUUAACGAGGAGAGCCGUCUUAACCGUGCUUCAGAUUCCCAAAUGUUUCGUGUUCGAUUGGAGAAUGAGCUCUCAGAAAAUGGAAGCAUCAGCUGGGACAGGUUCAGCAAAGAGCCACACUUUACUGUGGCACACUAUGCUGGAAAGGUGAACUACCAAAUACAAGGCAUGGUGGAGAAAAACAAGGAUCCAGUGCCACCAGAGCUCAUCGACAUACUUCAGAAAUCCAACAGCAGUUUGCUCCACUAUAUUUUUGCUGAAGUUGAAGAUGAGCAGCAAACAACCAAAGGACUGAAUAAAGUGACUGUAGUCUCCAAGUUUAAGAACUCCCUUGAAAGCCUCAUGAGAAUCUUGCACAGCACAACCCCUCACUACACUCGCUGCAUUAAACCGAACCAGGACUGCAAACCUUUGACAUUCAAGAAGGAAGAAGUGAUAAUGCAGCUGGAGGCAUGCGGCAUUGUAGAGACUAUUCAUAUUAGUGCUGCUGGCUUUCCAGUAAGAAUUCCCUUUGAAAGCUUUAUUCUGCGGUACAGUCUGCUUUCAAGACAUUCAAAGUUAAAACCAACUCAAACCCUUGAUGGGGCAGGUGGGAACAUAAAGGAAGAUGUAGAGAGGCUCCUUCAUGUGAUUUUGGAGCAGGAUGGUUUGUUGCACCAAUUCAGAGGCCACAAACAGACGACUCUAGUGCAUUGUGGAAAGACUAAAGUGUUCCUCACCCAGUCAAUGCUUGAUUUGCUGGAGGAUCGGCGGAGGAGAGUCCUGUCUCAAUGUGCCUUUGCCAUUCAGUGCUGUUGGCUUCGGUAUCAGCGCCGCAAACGUAUUACCAAGCAACAGUCUGCCACUCUGAUCCAAGCAGUUGUGCGGUCCUGGCUGGUGAGGAGUCGAGUGCGUCAGUGGAACAGAGCUGCUGCUGUUAUCCAGAGGACAUGGUGGAAGUGGAGGGACCUACUGAAAUCUCUGGCUGACUCCGAGCUGGAUGAUGCACAGGAUGUUGUGACAGAACAGCUGCCCGAGCUGAACCCUCUCAUUAGGGACAGAGGUUCAGUUCAGCUCUCCAGUAUCCCAGAGCCGGUCACUGUGCGGGGGUGGCCCAUGGGCCUGGCUCUGGCUUCUGCUCCAUCCAUCACAGUGUCUCUUACCGCCACUGGCUUUCACAAAAUGGUGUCUCUCGUGGCCUCACUCAGACUGCCGUCCAGGAGAGGGCAGUACAAGGUAGAGACCAACCAGUGCACAGAGGGACUGGCCUCCAUCAGAGCUCAACCAAAGGGAUCUACAAAGCUUCACUAUCAGAAAUCGCCACUGCUUUACGCUGACAGACACCCAGACCUGCAAACCGACAUGACAGGGUUCAAUGAGAUCCUGCUUGAGAAAACUCUGUAACUGUUUUUAAAGAACUUAGCCUAACACUGCUCUUAAACCAAUCAGUCACUGACCAAAAAGAGUUAUUUUUGUAGAUGCCAAAGUUGCUUCUUUAUGCUGUUUAAAAAGGGAGCAUGAUGAUGAUGAACCUGAACUGUAUUUGUAUUUAAACAAAAAGUAGUUCACAGUUCAGAAGUGCCAAGGUCUUCCCAUAUUCUAUUGCAUUUAACAUUGGCAUUUUUAGUAAUCAAUGAACAAACCAAUUGCACAUGUAAAGCAUAUAUUACAAUUUGCACAUGUAAUAUUCACAGAAGUCAGUAUAGUUUUCCUCAAACGUGAUAUGUUUUUAAGUGUAAACAAAACUACAAUUAGUAGUUGGAUUUGUAUUUUAUAGCUGACAGUCUUUUUUUAAUCAUCAAGUCUAAAUGUGUUAAGUUGAAAUGUCUUAUUGUGGUUUUAAUAAUCCUCAGGAACACUAUUACAUUUCCCAACAUCAUUAGGCAUUUGUGGCAGUGUUUAUAUACUACUGUGGAAAUCUGGACACCAAGUCAUUUUUAAUCUGUUUGUGGUACCAAAGACUUGAAUUAUGUCAGUAUCUGUAAGAGAACUAUUGAAAUAAACAUGUGAUUACCGGUA